AGUUCGGUAACCGUCUCGGCAGCAACAUGGCUUACAAGGUGAUCAUCUUCGCGGCGGUGGUGGCUGUGGCCCGCGCCAUCUACCUGGACGCUCCCGCGGUGUACGCCCCGUACGCCGCCCGCGCCUACGCUGCUCCCGCUUACGCCGCCCCCGCAGUCGUCGCCGCCCCCGCCGUCCGCGCUGCCCCUGUGGCCGUCGCCGCCCCCGCCGUGAGGGCCGCCGCAGUGCCGGUAGCCGCCGCCGCCCCCGCAGCCGUGGCCGCCGCCGAGUACGACCCGCACCCGCAGUACAGCUACGGCUACAGCGUGUCCGACGCGCUCACCGGCGACUCCAAGACCCACCAGGAGAGCCGCGACGGAGACGUCGUCCAGGGCAGCUACAGCCUGGUCGAGUCCGACGGCUCCGUGCGCACCGUCGACUACACCGCAGACCCCGUCAACGGCUUCAACGCCGUCGUGCACAAGGAGGGCGGAGUCCACCCGCCUGUUUCCGCCCCCGCUCCUGUGGCCGUGGCCGCCCCCGCCGUAGCCAGGGCUGCAAUCGCCGCCCCCGCUUUGGCCGCCGCCCCUGUGGUGAGGACCGCCGUCGCCGCCCCCGCCAUCGCAGCCGCCCCCAUCGCCAGGGCAGCCAUCGCUGCACCCGCCUACGCCACCUACGCCGCCGCUCCCUUCGCCAGGGCUGCAUACGCUGCCCCUGUCUACCAGUACGGUAGGGCUGUAAUUGCGUGAAAUCUCAUCCGGCGGCUCCCACAUGUGCAACCCUGAACCCUACUUGUUGCUGAGUUUGCAAUCACAUUCAUUCUGUACCCAUAACAUGCAAAUAAAGAUGUCUUAUACUUA